UAGUACAUCCCCGUCGUGCAUCCAUCAUUGGGAGAUGAUCCCAAUGAUGAUCCCAAUACACGACGGGGAUGUGCUGUGGGGCGUUGUGGGGCGGCCGUUGUUGGGGCGGAGAUGUGAUCUCGCCUUGGCCUUGCUAGUUGCUACAGAUCUGGACUCGCUUAAAACGUACGUUAUUCAGUACCAAAAAAACAAAUAAAACGUACGUUAUUCGUCAUCCAAGUUCCAACAACCCAUCCGCGACGGAGCUAGGCCCCAAUUCGCAUUUACCACUACCAGACAGGUAGACGCUAACAUCUCCAAUAGGAAAUAACAUUUGCACCACUCCGCUUGGAGAAUUUUCAUCUUCUUCUGUACAUUGUUUUCAAGAAACUCCAGAGAUUCCCGACGGACGAAGAAGCUCCAUUGCGACAGAUCUACUUACUAUUUCCCUCUAAAAGCAAGAAUUUCAAUUGGGUUCUGCGUAAUUGUCGUCGUGAAUGGAGAAAAUGAACCAAGCACUGGAGAAGGUGAAGAUUCUGGUGGGAAUGGAGGUGGACGAGGAAGAAGUUGCACAGACCAACUCCUCUUUAUUGGACGACUUCAAUCGUGAGUGCACAUUAUCGACUAAGCAGAGAUUAUAUGGUUUUGUGACAUGCUUGGUUGCUGGUAUAGUUUGUACAUUCCUGUCUAUGCUUGUUUUCUUCAACCCAGUCAAGUUUGGGAUUACAUUCACCUUUGGCAAUCUGCUCUCACUUGGGAGCACAGCCUUCCUCAUAGGCCCUAAACGGCAAGUGACAAUGAUGCUUGAUCCUGUUCGUAUCUAUGCAACAGCAAUAUACCUUGCAAGCAUUAUAGUUGCCCUUUUUUGUGCUCUUUAUGUCCGUAACAAGUUCUUAACACUUUUGGCAAUCAUUUUAGAGUUUGGUGGACUUGUUUGGUAUAGCUUGAGCUACAUUCCUUUUGCCAGAUCCAUGGUUUCAAAAGUCAUGAUGGCUUGCUUUGACACUGAGUUCUAGGCUUCUUUUGAUGAGAAAGAUGUUGUAAGCUAUGAAAGGCUUGAUUUUGAGAGGUGCUCUUAGUUUCAAUGGUAGACACCGUCUUUUUUUCACAUUUCUUGACUUAGCAAAGGAUCUUUCCAUAUCUCAGUGCACAUGAUAGUGAGUGAACUGUAAAUCUUUUUUCAGGAUUAAAGAUACACAUUUCUUUCCUAUAUUGCUGUUCGUGCCUUAUAAAUCCUUGUAAUGAAGUUGGUUUGGCCAAGUUCUGGAUCAACCAAAGGGCUUUUAGUACCAUAGGAUAAACUUCAGUGUUGUAGAAAUGCCUUGGUAUUUAGCAUAUGAUAUUCAACUUGAGUUUUUGAGUUUGUUUUGAAUUCU